AUGAGUGGUUUGGAGUCAGCAUGCAAGAAAAGUGGGAGAAAGAAGUUUCAGAAAACAUUUCAAGGCCAGUACCCACAGCUCAGCUCUGGGCCAAAUAGUUUGAAACUGGAUUUCAGUGCAUCUGCUUUUAAAAUUGAAGAGGAUGCUAUUCGAGAUGCUUUACCAAGCGGCAGUGGAGAGCUGACCCCAGGGCCUGGGGCAGCCUGGCCGCCGGCCGAGUCACCAUCGCGCCUGGAAGAGCGCAGCCGCCUGGUCACACACGCCGCCCCUCGAGCGCCCGGACGGAGACCCCAAUUCCGCGCCCCGCCCCGGCGCCAGGACGCCAAGCCCGGCACCACCCACUUCCGCCCGCCGCUGGCCGGAAUCGGAAGAGCGACGCGGGGAAGGUUCGGAGAACAAACGUUCAUUGUGAUGUGGCACAUGGACCAGAAUGGCCAGAAUGGAGAGAGUGGGGGAAAGAAUGAAGGAGGGAAGAUGCUCCUCGAGGCCAGGCUGUACCGCGCCGGCCAUGCUGCGGCCCACGGCACCCACCCACGUGCAGAGAUACCGUGGGCCUCGUGUUGCUCCAGCCUCACGUGCAGGGAGGAGUGGAGGGUGCUGCCUCCAGGGUGCCCUGAAGAAGGGAGGCCAGUGAGACGGAAGGUGUACCGGGGUUAG